AUGUCAGUGCUGUACCUGGUCUGCGAUCUCGACAAUGCGGUCUUCACCUUCACUGCAACUAUGCGGACAACCUGGGAGUUCUCUAGACUGUCGUCUUUUCAUCAAGAGAAUGGGAAGGACAAAUUCGUGAUUCAUCAGGCAACUGACGCCAGCAAUGGAACCCGCUGGGUCUUGGAGAACCAGUCGAAGGGGGCCGGGAACAUCUUCGGCACUCCGAAGUACGCCGGCAACGGCCCUCCGUUUCAAGGCGGUCCCUCGCCCCCGCGGGGCAUGUGGAAUGUUUGGGACUGUCCUUUCCACCUCACGGACGUGAUGCCCAGAUAUGACGCAAUCCAGUCGCCCUUCACCGUGAAGGUUCCCUUCGUUGAGAUGGCCUACCGGGAGGAGGGGGCAGUGGCCUACCUGGAGCUGGUGAUCUGCGAGACUGCUCUGGAUGACGAGUCCCUCGACAGAGCUUUACAAGAAAUGAGGCGCAUCAUGAUGAAUCUGGCCAAGCGGCCCGAGAUGGUGCUCUUCAUUCGGACGGAUGCGCGGCAGGCGACGUCGGUGCCUGCGCUGCGACACGUCCGGAAGUUCCUAUCCUUUGUGCAAAAGGAUGUGGGAACAGAGAGUGUGCUUGUUGGCCGCGGCAGCGCCAUCAUCCUCCACACUUCACCUGCAGCGCAAGGGAGCAAGUGUUGUGACCGCCGGAGUGCCGUGGCUCUCGAGGAUGACAUGAGCACAGCGAGCACAGAGGCAUCUGAGCACAGCUUCCUCUCGGAUGUGGAGCAUCACCCCGCUGCCUUGGAGCACAUCAUUGCCAGUCGACGCCAGGCUAUCGCUGAGCACUACAGCACCAGGGGAGCUAUCGGUGCUGAGAAGUAUCCUGCAACGCAUCCAGAGCACCUCGGCGCCGAUGCCGCCGACGAGCUUCAACUUGUUCCCCUUUGGUGCAAAACCCAGGGGACAGGGGCUGCGCCCUCGUCUUGGACCAUAGAACUUUGA